UACAAACAUUUUUUCUUCCAAACCCAAGUCUUUCCACACAAACAUCGUCGUUCCUCUGCAACACUCUCUUCUUUCUCUCUCUAAAUCGCCAAACCCUAACCCUAGAUUCGUCUCUCCCAUGGCGUUUCACUCCCCCGAUCACGAAUCAAACUCCGAUUCCAACCCCCCAAAACGUCUCUACAAUCCCUACCAAGACCUCGAAGUACCAAUCCGAAACCUCUACCAGCUCCCAACCUCACCUGAACAUCUCUUCAUCGAGGAAGCUCAACGCAAACAUCGUUCCUGGGGAGAAACCCUAACUUUCUACACCGGCUGCGGCUACCUCGGCGGCGCCAUUGGUGGCGCCGGCGUAGGUUUCGUCGAAGCCGUGAAAUCUUUCGAGAAAGGAGAUACCAAUAAGCUCAGACUCAACAAGAUUCUGAAUUCGUCUGGACACGCGGGUCGGACGUGGGGGAACCGCCUUGGUGUGAUCGGGUUGUUAUUCGCUGGAAUCGAAAGCGGGAUCACGGCGGCGAGAGAUACAGACGAUGUUUUCAACAGUGUGGCGGCAGGGCUUGGUACCGGGGCAUUGUAUCGGGCAGCAAGAGGGGUCAGAUCAGCUGCUGUUGCCGGUGCUGUUGGUGGUGUUGUGGCUGGAGUGGCUAUCGCGGGGAAGCAGGCUUUGAAACGCUAUGUGCCUAUAUGAAAACAUUGCUUUGUGUGAGGUUUCAAAGUCUCAAUUUUUAUUUUUAUUUUAUUGUUGGUUACUAUCAAUUUUGAGGUAUAAAUUAUAUACCAGCUUGUGGUAAUGAUGCCCUUGCAAACAAUAUGGUUAAUGAUUAUUUUUUCAGCUUCAUUAUGGCUAACCUUUCUAAUGUAAUUUUAUUAGUAGUCUUAAAUGAAUAAUUUUGACGGCUUUAAUGCUGCAAAAUUUAUACGGUAUAAAAUUGUUGUUCUUGUGUUA